AAUGGAAUAGGUGCCAUUUUUGGUCCUUCUUCGCGUCAAACUUCCGCACAUCUGCUAACAAUAUGUGAUGCCAAGGAUAUCCCCUAUGUAUACCCGCAUAUGAGUGAGCAUUUGGAAGGCUUUAACCUUUACCCACAUCCAAUGGAUUUGGCGCGCAUACUCCAUGAUCUUAUCAACGUAUUUGAAUGGACACGGUUUAUUUUUCUCUAUGAAUCUUCUGACUAUUUAAGCAUAUUAAACGGUUUAAUGUCGUUUUACGUCAGUGACGGUCCGGUCAUUAAUGUACUACGGUACGACCUCAAAUUGAACGGAAACUACAAAGCGGUCCUACGACGCGUGCGCAAGUCGGAUGAUGGACAGAUUGUGGUGGUAGGCUCAACUCCGUCGGUAGCCGAGCUUUUAAGGCAGGCACAGCAAGUUGGAAUCAUAAAUGACAAAUAUUCGUAUAUUAUAGGCAAUCUAGAUUUCCAUACUUUUGAUUUAGAAGAAUAUAAAUAUAGUGACACAAAUAUAACUGGCAUACGCAUGUUCUCACCAGAUCAGUUAAUUGUCCAGGAACUCAUAUCGCAACUAGGCAAUAAUGAGAAUGACCAAAUAGACAAUGCAGGUUUAUGUCCGAUAACUUUAGAAAUGGCAUUGACGUAUGAUGCAGUUCAAGUAUUUGCCGAAACUACAAGGAGUCUCAUAUAUCGUCCUCAACCGCUAAACUGUUCUGAUAGCAGCGAUCUCGUGCAGCCAGAUGGAUCAACAUUUCGAAACUACAUGCGCUCGAUCAAUAUUCGCGAAAAUACUAUCACCGGUCAAAUUUACUUUGAGGGCAAUAUACGUAAGGGAUAUAUCCUCGAUGUUGUAGAGCUACAAUCAAGCGGUCUUGUUAAAAUAGGCACUUGGGACGAACGGAAUAACUUUACUCUUCAACGUCCACCUCAAAUAGAGUUACCAAGCGAGGGAGAUGCCGAUUCCUUAGUGAACCAAACAUUUCGUGUUCUGAUUUCAGUGCCUAACAAACCUUACGCAAGUUUAGUUGAGAGUCACAAAAAAUUGAUUGGCAACAAUCAGUAUGAAGGAUAUAGCAUAGAUUUGAUAAAAGAAUUGGCCGCAAAAUUAGGCUUCAAUUAUACUUUUAUAAAUGGCGGUAGCGAUUACGGCGGUUUUAAUAAGACAACUAAUGUAACGUCGGGUAUGAUGAAGGAGAUCAAUGAAGGCCGAGCAGAGUUAGCUAUCACUGACUUGACAAUAACAUCGGAGCGUGAAGAAAUUAUUGACUUUUCAAUACCUUUCAUGAAUUUGGGUAUCGCGAUUUUGUAUAUUAAACCUCAAAAAGCACCACCAGAACUUUUUUCAUUCAUGGAUCCUUUCUCCGGGGAAGUUUGGAUCUACUUGGGACUGGUAUACAUUGGUGUAUCCUUUUGCUUUUUCAUAUUAGGACGCCUAUCUCCAACAGAGUGGGAUAAUCCAUAUCCAUGUAUUGAAGAGCCUGAAGAAUUAGAGAACCAAUUUACGCUAAAUAAUUCAUUUUGGUUUACGACAGGCGCUUUUUUACAGCAAGGUUCUGAGAUAGCACCUAAAUCGCUCUCCACACGCACUCUCGCGUCCAUUUGGUGGUUCUUCACGCUCAUUAUACUCUCCUCGUACACGGCUAACUUGGCUGCUUUCCUUACCAUCGAAAAUCCUGUUGGACUUAUUGAUAAUGUCGAGGAUUUGGCGGAAAAUAAGGGCGGCGUUGAGUAUGGUGCUAAACUGACUGGUUCUACGAGAAAUUUCUUUGCGACCUCCGAUCAUGAAGUGUAUAAGAAAAUGAAUGAAUUUAUGAUCAAAAAUCCGCACCUACUUUUCAAGACCAAUCAAGAAGGAGUAGAACGUGUUAAAUCUAGUACCACGUAUGCUUUUCUAAUGGAAUCCACAUCCAUUGAAUACAAUAUUGUACGAGAGUGUAAUUUGAUGAAAAUUGGAGAACCACUCGACGAAAAGGGAUACGGAAUCGCCAUGGUAAAAAACUGGCCCUAUCGCGACAAAUUUAACAACGCAUUGCUGGAACUUCAAGAGCAAGGUGUCUUAUCGCGCUUAAAGAACAAAUGGUGGAACGAAGUGGGAGCUGGAGUUUGUAAUAAAAAAUCCAAUAGUGGUGAAGUCGAAGCUUUAGACUUAAGCAAUUUGGGCGGUGUAUAUCUGGUGCUGGGAGUUGGAAGUGGUAUUUCUCUUGUGUAUGGUGUAAUAAUGUGGUGCAUACAUGUGGCGCGAAAAGCCAGCUACUAUGAGGCACCUUUUAUCGCCGCCUUUUGGGAAGAAUGCCGGAUUGCAGUAGACUUUUCAAAUAAUGAACGCUUGCUCAAGACUCCACAGUCGGUAUAUUCCCGUAGCCGAAAUUCGCUUGUUUCAAUUGAUUCAAUAGAAACGGACUCAGAAUUUGAAGAUAAUUUAGACAGUGAUGGAUGAUUCAUAAAAAUGCAUUCGUAUGUUCACUUCGUAUAAGAGUUUAAUAUCAUAGCUAGAUAAUAUGCUAAUCUGGAUAAACGGCGCAGUUGUUUCUACCCUAACCGAAGGUAGUUUCGCGGAUUUCGCUGGCCGCGAAGUGGAGGGCUUGAAUCCCACGGCCAAAAAAGUUUUUAUCGAGUUUUUUCUAUAGUUUCUUCAAUUAUUAUCAUGCUUUCUUUUUCAAUAAGAUUAUAAUCUAAACAAUUUAACUAAGAUAAAAUGAAGAAAAUGCGAAAAAAUAAAACAAAAGAAAGCAAAUAAUGUAGGUGGUUGAAUGUACUUGCUUCGUGCAUUUGCUUUUUUAUUUUUCAUUUUUUUAUUUCAUUCCCACUGCACUGAAAU